AUGGCAUGGACUUACGGUUUAUUGGACGCAAUGAAAGAUCCUCGUUUGCAGAUUCAUAAUGAUUACGAUAUUGUCAUUAUUAAAGAUUGUUAUCCUAAAGCCGAGGUCCAUUUUUUAGUCCUGCCAUGGAAAAAUAUUCCCUCUAUAAAAGAUUUAACCGGUUCUCAUUUACCAUUAUUGAAGAAAAUGGACUUGAAAGGUCGUGAAAUUGCUAGAGAAAAAGGUGGUGGAAGGAAAUUCAAGUUUGGUUACCAUGCUGAACCUUCGAUGAAAAGACUGCACAUGCAUGUUAUCAGUGAUGAUUUCAAUUCAGUCUCCCUGAAGACUAAGAAGCAUUGGAAUUCAUACACAACGGGGUUUUUCAUUCCUUCUGAAAAAGUGAUUAAAGAUCUCGAAUCGAUAGGAAGGGUAAAUCUUCCAUCAACAUCACAAUGUAGCUUAAAUUUGAAGACACCUUUGAAAUGUCAUAAAUGCUCUUAUCUUCCUGGAAAUAUGCCAGCUCUCAAACUACACUUAGCUAAACAUGUAGAAUAA